ACGAAGUACGAACGAACAAGAACAACUGUUUAUGUAAACUUUCUGUCAAGUGUUGUGAAUUGUUAACAGUGUUUCAGAUAAAACAUUUAAUGGUGUUUCAUAAAAGUCUAUCCGUGGAUUAAAACUAUUUAGAUAUCGGAAAUUCGAAUUUUCUCAGUGUUUUAAUAUUUGUUAUACUGUUUCGUGUAACCAUAUGAUACAUAAAAAAAUAAUCAACAGGUUGAUAAUAUAAUAUAAGCGUGUGUGUGGUUUUUUUUAUAAUUCUUAUAAUAAAAUAUACACGUGCGUGUGUGAUGCAGUCAGUAUUCCAUAGUAAUUAAAAAAAAAAAACGCGUUUUCUUUUAUAAGUUAUCGUAUAUAUCAAGUCAGAUUUCGGACUUAAUUUUGUUUUCAAAAAUGUAUUUGAAGAAUUUGAAAUAAUGUUAGCACAGCCAAAAAACAGAGUACAAGCUAUUAAAAGUAAAUUCGAGAGUUUAAAAACUGAUACCGAGGUUUUGGUUGUUAGGAAAAAGUCGACGCAUCUGAAUAAACAAGACACAAAUGUGUGCAAGGAUAAAGUUAACGGUGAAAUUAUCGGGCCAAAUACGUCACAGGAAAAUAGGAAUGAUUCAGACUCGGAUGAGUGGUCUCCAAAACCUAAUUCCAGUUAUUUGUACAGUAAAAAUGAAGUAAAACGUAGUUUAAGCGAGACCAAGCCGACUCUAGUGAGACAGACCAGUGAUCCAUGCAAAAAGCUAUAUCGAAGUCACGCCUUCCGGUGUGAUAGAAGUCAGAUUAUCAAUCAGAGUCCAAAACGACAUGGUAGCUGUAACGGUAGAUCUGAAACCAGUGAUUUUACAAUAAAAAUGGGUGAUAAGAAGUUAAGUAAGGAACGUUUGAAACAAUUAGGUAACUUCCUAGAAGUUCAAAUGAAAAAGGAGAAUUUUUGUCCAUUAAGUACCAGUUCUAAUGAUUCUAUUGCCGUUGGAGAGGUGAAUGAACUCUCAGAUUCAAUACCCGAUUCUCAAGUUCCGAAGCAUAUUCUUGAUCAGUACGCAAAAGUUUUAAAAAAUAAGAAUAAAGCUGAAAAUAGGCAAGACUCAAUGACAGAUAGUGGUGUUAGUUCAGAAACUGAAAUAGUUGAAGAUGAUAAAUUUAGUAAAAUUAAAAAACUAGUAUCUCAAUAUGAAAAAUCUGAAGUCACCCAAGAAAGCAAGGUGUCCACAGCUAAUUUAGAAUCUAUGAAUGAUUUGUGCGCUUCCAGUGAAACGAUGAAAUUAGAACGCAAGAAUCCACAUUUAAUUUUGACAGAUACAUUGAAAAAAGCUUUAAAACAACCCUUGCCUCCUGGACCUCCACCAAAGAAACCACCACGUACAUUUGCAGGACCAUCUAUACCGGAAUCUCCAGAAAAUAAUAAAAAAGAUGCAAAGAAAAUGUUAGAAAAACUUGAACAGGUGCUACAAAAACGUGAAGCUCAAAUACCAAUUCAAAGCAAUAAUAUAUACGAUAUUGCCGAGACAGAUCAAUCUGUUAACAAGCCUAAAGAAAUGCAUUAUCUAUGUACAGAGAUCCUAGACAUAACGCAUCGGUCGCUCACUUCUAACAACCAAAAGGAUCCAUUUUCGAAAUGUUUUAAUUCUUUAAACUGUGCCAUUAUAACAAACAACUCAACAUUAAGCUUGCCAUAUACAAGAUUAAGUUCUCACAAUCGUGAGUCUCUUAAUAUUUGCUGCAGUAAUGAAAACUUAGAUACAAAUAAUUUAAGUACAUUUUUAAGUAAUAAGUGCCUUAAAUGUCAAACGAAUGACAAAACAGAUGGUUUUAAGUGUCGUUUAAAUUGUGAUUGUAAAGAGAAAAAGUCUGAAUUCUUCGUUAAAAAAGAACAUAUAUAUGAUGUGCCUUUCGUUGAUAAGAGUUUGAGCAAUGACAAUCAGUACGGUACUUUGAACUCACUGAAGUUACACGGGAGUCACAGUCGGAGUAUGGAAGAUUUGCAGUCCAGGAAUUUUGAUGAUGAUCAAAAGAUCUACGACGUCCCAUGUGAGGUGUCCCGGCCGCCGACACCGGAUUUGAUUAAAUCUGACUUCCAGAAGCUUCGUGACAACUUCGAGAACGCGACCCAGAAGACAGUUAUACAGCCGAUUAAUUUAGACGCGAAAACCGCAGACGCGAAGACGAUGAGCAAAAAAGUAUGGAAGUCAUCGGAAAACGUUACGGAGGAUUUCAAAAAUGCAAAACGGCAAAUAGAGAAGAAAUUCGCAACAGAUAUUAAGAGAUAUAAGAAGAAUGAUAGAGAUUCGAGGGUAGCGCUCAGUUUGCCGAAGAGGGAGUCCCAGCUGGAUGUGGAUAGAGAAAACCUGAACCGUCUGAUGACGGAGAUCUACGAGACGGUAAAAGCAGCUUGCAACAUGGACGAGAACAAACCUGGGAGCUUCCCCACUGACCUCUCAGACGCGAACAGCGACGAAUCGGUUACCCUAACAAGAAGCCUAACCGAGAAGAGGAAGAACUACGUCCGUCGAGUUUCAUCAAGAGUGGCAUAUUUAGACAAGAAUGUUAAAUCGCGUUUCAGACACCAAACGUCCAUCUGUUCGUACAAAUCAGAAAUCUUAGACAAUCCAUACUCCACGUUCCGGUCGUGGAAAAGUUUCCGAACGUCACAGAGCAACUUGGCCAGGGACAAAAUGGAGCGCCACGAUUCAACCGAUUCGAAGAUCAAUCUGACAGAUUCGAGUGGUAAUAUACUGUCCAUAAAGGACAUGGUCAGUGAUGACUCGCUGGACAAUCUGAGCAUUGACGAGAAAACGGGCUGUGUGGACAUUGAUCUGCCCUUCGUGCCCAGGGAUAAGGGUCUGUUUAAUAUAUGUCUGCUGGUCGGUUUGAAUUAUAUGACCGGCGAGGCGUAUGUCAAGAGCGUUUUUCCGAGCCAGGUACAAGUACCACCACAUAUAGAAAAUUUAAUAUUCCCGGAAACAAUAAGCUCUGGGACAAUCGGCGAAUGGGCGACAGAGACGGCCGCACAGUGCUACUCGCUCGUACUUACAGAUGAGAGGGGAGAGAGAGCAUAUGGAUACUGCCGCCGAGUGCUCCCAGAGGGCGCCACUACGUGUCUUCCACUCUGUUACUGCCUUAUUGGGAAAUACAGAGCGCCUGGUUUCUAUUAUAAGGUAUUACAAGAAAUCGAAUCACAUCACGGUAAUUCAGAGGUUGAAAUCAAUCAAAUACUACAGCAGUUAUUUGAAACGGAUUUCCCGAACCCCGGCGAGCAGAUAUCGAUAACGUACACGAACGCCAGCAAGGACAAAACGAGGGGCUCGAUGAGCUUAGGAGAUAUACACAAGUGCAAGACGAUGCCGGACCCGAGACGCAACGAGAGCACCACGAACGUGUCCGUGAGGAAAGACCUGACAGAGACGGGGAGUCCGAAGGCUGAGAGGGAGAGCGAGACGGAAAACCACGAGUUACCGGAGUAUUACGAUUUGGAGAAUAACAACCGACCUAGGUUGUUGAGCUUGGAGACGCCUAGGAUAAGGAUCAUAAAACGUCCCUUGGAUCCGAGAGCCGAUGAGGACAACGUCUCCAUUUUAUUGGACACCUUCGGUGCUGGUCUCCUUAUCAAGGUUUUCGGUUCAUUACUCCUGGAGCGAAAAGUUAUCGUCAUGGGUGAUGAAUUGAGCGUCAUCUCUUCGUGUAUGGAAGCGUUACAAAGCGCCCUCUACCCGUUCGUGUGGCAGCAACCCUUGAUAUCUACCAUCCCCUCUCAAAUACAGAGGGACGUACUCACGGCUCCCCUCCCGAUAUUGGCGGCGAUGCUUUCGGACCACAACCCCGCACAGAUCGAGGAGGGUAUGCUCAUCGACCUGGCACACCCAUCGAAGGUCCUGUUCUACCAGGGUGAUGAAUCGACUAUCCUCCCAACGGCCAGCUACAAAACCCUAAAAACAUCAUUACAUAUGGAGUCAAUAAAACACAAAGACAAACACGAGGACACGAAGACGAGGAAUGUCAUGAUAUCGGAAGCGUUUUUGAGAUUUUUCGUCGAUAUUUUGGGUGAUUUCUGGAAAUUCUUCAGUGACGGUGAAGUUGGGGACAGCGAUUUGGGGAAGAAUGGUGUGGUGUUCGAUAAAGAGGCCUUCAUCAAGAACUCGAGUUCGAAGCAAGUGCAGUACUUCCUGGAGUGGUUCACGGAAACGGCAAUGUUCAACCACUUCAUACAGAACAUGGCGACCUGCUACCACGACCUACCGUUACCAAACGAUUACAUCAAUAAGGACUUAGUCGACACGCCGCUACCUAAUUUCUAUGAACUGUUCCACGAAAGGGUUAAGAGUCGAAGUAAAACGCAGAACCAGAAGAGCGAUUCGAAGUUGAACUACAAAAGCGCAGUUAAUAAAAAAGUUAAAAUGCUAAAAACAAAACUUAGAGAUCUUGUCGCGUAAAUAACUAUAAUUAAGAUAUUUCUAGUUUGAAAGGUGCCUUAAAAACUUCGUAUUGAAUAAUUGUUUUAUAUGUAAUAUGUUGAUAGUCUGAAUAAUGCCUUAUUAAAAAAAAUUAGGACAUAUCGCUUGAGCCGCCUUAAUUGUUCUUAAAAUAGAAGGCUUUACUUAUAAAUAUUGUUUAGAUUGUGAUUAGCUGGUAUAAUGCUGUCUUUAUCUCUCAAAUGUCAAAUCAAUUAUGGCAGAAAGAGAAAACAAUAUUACUACACACCUGAUAAACGGCUUUUAUAAGUAAUUUCGUUAGUGUUUAAUUAAGACGCUGAUAUGAAUAAUUGAAAUAUAGAAAGAUAUAUUAAAAAACAUUCCUUAACUAUAUAAAGAAAUAUAUAAAUUUAAAAGCAAAAUUGGUUUAAUUACAGAUAUAAUUCUCCUUCUUUAAAUAGAUCACAAAUAAAUUGCCAUUAACGAUUACAAUUUUAAUGCUAUAAAUAAACGGACAUAACCAAAAUUUCUCGUUAAAUAUUAACUUCAAAAAUAUGCAAAAAACAUAUUUUUUAAACAUUAUAUUCUGUUUGUCAUUUUUUUUUUAAAUAUGGAACCUAUUACGAGCUAUAGUGUUACCAGUGAAAAAAUAAUAAUAUUCAAAACAUACAAAUUUACAAUAUUAUAUACUAAAAUCUUUCACCGAAAAGCGCUGCAUCUGAUAUAACUUAUGUAUAUUGGGCUAGUAGUUUUCUGUUAAGUAUUACAAAAAAGUUUCCUCAUUUAUUAAACGAUAAAAAGACUCAUUUAUAAACAAGUAUAACAUCAUAGCGGGAGGUCUUAUCUUGUUCAAAUAUUGUAAAAAUAAUUAUUAUAUGUAUAUCAACAGACAAUAAAAUUAAAAUAUAUAUACACUGUGUAAUUAAUUGUCAAUGAUAUUUUUUUAUCUGUAUCAUUUGCUGCUAAAAUAUAUUAUAUAACCUAUUCCAAUCACAGGAGGAGUAAAGACAAAUAAACAACGUUGCUUAUGAAUUCAAAUGGGCAUUGAUUGUUCAGAUUUUGAUUAGUCUGAUAUUAAUAGCUGUCCCUUUCUUUCACAGUACAUCUGAGAGAGAGGAACAGAUGUUUGGUAGCCCAUGUUAAGUCAGUAUAUAAGCUAUCCAUAAUCCAAUCUAAUUCAUAUCGUUUCAGUAGUUUUUGCGUGAAAGAGUAACAAAGAUACAUCCAUCGUCACAAACGUUUAUAAUAUGAGUAGGUUUAGUAUUGGAAAAAAAAUGGCGUUUUUGGCGUUGCAACUUUGGAAGUAAAAUUAAAGUGGACAGUUAACAGUCGUGAUAAAUAAGGAUAAAAUCAAGAACAGUUUGUAGUGUAUAUUAUAGCAGAGCCAUUAGCAAAUCGCAUGGAAUAUGUUAAUUUAUGGUUUUAUCCUGUCAUUGGAAUAAUCGGACUUAAUGAAGCCUACACAUCGAAUUAUAAUUGUAUUAUUUUAAGGAAACAAACCGAUUACGAGAUCUGUUUUAUAUUUUAAAUAAUUCAUCCGAAUUAUGUUUUAUAUAUUAUAUAUUUUAUAUAUAUGUAAUGGUUUAAUAAAUUACUGUUUUUUCAUUAAAUUUAAGUGUAGUUUAUACUUGGUAGUAAUGCUGAUAUAUCAUAUCUUGUUGUACAUUAAUUGCUAUAUUAUAAUUGUAUACAUAAUUCGCGAGUAACGUUUAUUAUAUAAAACAUUUUUUAUAAUUCAUUAUAUACAAUAUUCCAUUAUAUAUCCAAUGAUUUUAAUAGACCAACCGACAGUUUUUGUCGGUUGGUCUAUUAAAAUGUUCUAAAGUCAAAUUAAUUUAUUUUAUUUUAAAUUGUGUUGUAAUUGGUUAAUGGUAGCUUAUGACCCGUGAGGUGUUCAGUAUUUUUUUUUAUUUUUAAUAAUUAUGAUUUUGACAAGCAACAGCUUGGAUUUUUUAUACGACAGUCAUAUUUUUUUAUGUUAAAAAUGCGAAAGUAACUGUCUGUAUGUUACGCUUUCACGACUAGAACACUGAACCGAUUUUGAUGAAAUUUUCUAUGAAGCAAGCUUGAAACCCAAGGAAGGACACCCCUCCCUGCAACAUCCCCCCCCCCUCCUUAGUUGUUCGUAUAGUUGUAAUUGUACGGAUGAAUUAUUUUUUAUAUAAAUAUUUUAAUUUUUAUUAUAAUUGCAGCUUUAUAUGAUACUUUUAAAUAAUAUUAUUAUAUUGUGUUUAUAAAGGUAUUUUAAGUUUUGUAAAUAUAAGAAUAUUUUAAAUAUUACAACAUUAAAAACAAAUUAG